AUGGACAGUCUUAACCUUUUAAGCUCUAAUAUAAAUAAAAAAAAAAGAAAAAUAGGUCCUAAAUAUUACAAACCAAAUCGAGCGUCGAUAAAUAAAAGAAAUGCUAAAAAAAUCAUAAUUCAAAAGUAUCAAAAAGGAUAUAAAAGGUUUAGAAUAAAUAAAAAUGUAACUGUGAAAGAUGAAAAAGUUGAAUGGGAAGACAUCGACGAAAAUAAAUUACACACACACUGUGUAAAUGGCCAAAAUUUUAAUGCAGCAAAAGGUUUAUAUCGCAAUGCACAGAAAAAGCUUAUUGAUAAUUGGAAAGAGAUUUUACCUAGACUAUUUAAUGUAAUGAUUGAGAAUAAUGCCCUGGAUAAGGACCGCAAUUGUAUUAAAUGCAAGAAACCUGCCACAUUCCGUUGCAUGGAUUGUGGAUCUGAUGUAUAUUUUUGCUCAGUCUGUGAAGACUUAUUCCAUAAUAACAUUAAUAUUUUUCAUCAGAGAAUUUUAUUAGAUCAAGAUAGCAAUAGUAAUCACAAUAGGACGUUAAAAUUGCCUCAAAUCUGUUCUGAAAACUGUGAACAUCAAGCUUUCAAAAUAUUAGUAGUUCAUUUAAAAGGACAAUUUUCAGUGAACAUUCCAGGUUGUAAAGGAAUUGUUGAAACGCUAAUUAAGCAUAAACUAUUUCCUUCUACACCUGUUAAUCCAAAUGUUGCAUUUACAUUUGAACUUCUUGAUCUUUACGCAGAAUUAUUACUACAAGCACACGUUCCCUAUCAUUCUUUUUGUCGAGUUUUAGAUGCACUUCAUUCCUCUCAAAAUAUUAAUAAAAAUAUUUACUAUCUAUUCACGUCUACUGCUCAUUACUAUUUAGCAAUUAAAAAUCAAAUCAAAAAUACUGUUACAAGUAUGCUCAAAAAAAAUUAUGAUUUUAAUUGCCCAGCAUGUCCGCAGCCAAAUGAAAAAAAUGCAAAAAUAAUAGUUGCACUGGAUGGAAACUUCCAACUAAGAAGAUUAAAAUGUGCUGGAAAUGAUAUCAAUGAUCAAUUAGUUAAAGAUCAAUUUAUUAUAAAGCAAAAACAAUUUGAUGAAUGGAUGAUUACACAUGAUUCAUCUCGAAAUAAAUCUACUAAGAAUCAAGAAACUGCGUGUGACAGUUAUUUUAAAGCAGCUGAUCAAGCCCGUUCUAAUAUAAAAUCAAAACAUUUAGAUGAUACAGGAUUAUUUGGUAGCACAUGUAGGCAUGGAAUACCAUUAAAGUUUAUUAAUCUAAAAGGAAUUGGAGAAAGGUUUUCGCUAGCAGAAUGCCUUCUUUAUCAAUUACAAGAUACUUUUAACGAAAGUUCUCAAUCAUUUGUUGUUUUAUAUGAUAUUGCAUGUUCUUUUCAUGCACAUAUAAAUAAAAGUGAGAGUGCCCUUUUUCAGUUUAAAUCUCGCUUUGAUUGGUGUAUAUCUAUAUUUCAUGCAUUCGCCCAUUCAAUGAAAUGUCAGCUUAAAUAUCAUCCAAGAAUUUGUUCGUCAAUUGGAUUAACUGAUGGUGAAAGUCUUGAACGAUUAUGGUCCUAUCUUGGCCGCUUUGCUUUAACAACCAAAUAUAUGAGACCAUCACAUAGACUAGAUAUUUUAGAAUUAGCAAUUCAAAAUAUUACAUAUUCUUUAGCGAAACGUUUUCACCGUGCAAAAAAACUAAGUUUGGAUUCUAAAAUAUCUUUAGAAGAAUUGAAUAAACAACAUGGUAUAGACGAAAGCAAAAUUCUUAUUGCAAUUGAAAAUCAGAAAAAAAAUAUUGUUUUUAAAGAGCAAUUAAUGGGAAAAGAACAAUAUUUUUCAUAUUUAAUGGAUUAUCACAAUAUUCAAAUAGAAGAAUCCAAAUUAGAAAGAUCAAAAGCAUCAUUAAUAAAAUCAAAAGACAUGUGUCUUAAAAAAAUCAAAGAAUGCGAAGAAAAUUUGGAUAUUCUUGAAUUUGAUCGAUGGAACCCAUUUGAUCCAAAGUAUAGCAAUUACCUUGAUGAUUAUUGUAGGCGUAAUUUAGAUUUAAUAUCAGAUAAAUUAAGAAAACUACGUAAUGAAUAUAUUUUUAACACCUCACAAUUGUAUAAUACGGAUCAUAAAGGACAUAAAUUGGCAUCAAAAAUAAAGAUUGAAGUUAGUAAAAUUUCCAAGCAAAUCGAAGUACAAAUCUUGCAUUACCAACAUUUAAGAUCAAAUUGGUCGUCUAAACUAGCUGAUAACUUUCCUAAAGCAACUUUUAAUGAUAUAGUUAAUCAUGGAUCUAAUUUUUGGAAAUCAUUAGACUUAGCAGUCGAUAACGAUACUAAUAUACCACGAAUUGUUAUCAAUCAUUCAAUUCAACAUUUUAAUAAUUUUAAACGAGCUGAAGAAGAGAUCAAUUUAAUUCCAAUUGAAUUAAAUAGACUAUACACUUUUUGGAUUAAUCAAAAAUUGGAAAUUGUAAAGAUACUGCAACAACUUGAAAUAACUAAUAAUCUAUUUGAGGAAAGUAUAGUUUAUAUUUUAAAAGGCUACUAUGAAAAAAUAAAAAAAAAUAUAAAACAAUGUCAGGAUGCUUUUUUGAAAAUUAAUGAAACUAGCGUAAGGGGUGAAAGCAAAAAUUUAAAUCCAUCAAUAUAUAUAUCAAUGAAUGAAAAAGAAGAAGAUAGACUUUCAAGAGAAAAUCUAGAAUUAGAAAAUUUAGAAAUUCAGAUUGAAGGUGAAGAUUAUGAAGGCGAAGGUUACGAAAGUGAAAGUGAAGGUGAAGAAAUUUACGAAGAUGAGGAUAAAGAUAUUAAUAUGCAAUAA